GGCGCGGCCUCACUCGGCGAAGUUGGCUGCGCGCGGGCUGACCCGGGACGCGCCCGAGCGGGCCGGAGGCGCCGAGGGUCGCGCGCGGCUGCCAUGGGGUCCGGGGCCCGGGGCCGCCUCCCACCGCCGUCCGUGCGCGCGCUGCUGCCGCUGCUGCUGCCGCUGCCGCUCCUGCUGUUGCUGCUGGCGGGGCCGGGGGCUGCAGCAGCCGAACCCUCCUGCCUGGACGGAAGCCCAUGCACCAACGGAGGUCGCUGUACCCAGCUGCCCUCAAGAGAGACUGCCUGCCUGUGCCCACCAGGCUGGGUGGGUGAGCGCUGUCAGCUGGAAGACCCCUGCCACUCGGGUCCCUGUGCCGGCCGGGGCGUCUGCCAGAGCUCUGUGGUGGCAGGGGCCGCCCGGUUCUCCUGCCGCUGUCCCCGGGGCUUUGGAGGCCCCGACUGCUCCCAGCCAGACCCCUGCCUCAGCAGCCCCUGUGCCCAUGGUGCCCGCUGCUCUGUGGGAACCGAUGGCCGCUUCGUCUGCGCCUGCCCGGUGGGCUACCAGGGCCGCAGCUGUCGCAGUGACAUCGAUGAGUGCUGGGGGGCCAGACCCUGCCAGAACGGGGGCACCUGUCUCAACACGCCCGGCUCCUUCCGCUGCCGGUGUCCCGCUGGCUUCUCCGGGCCACUGUGUGACAGCCCCACCACACCAUGUGCACCCACGCCCUGCCGGAACGGGGGUGCCUGCCGGCCGAGUGGCACACACGCCUAUGUCUGCACUUGCUUGCCAGGGUUUGAGGGCCAGCACUGUGAGCUGAAUGUGGACGAUUGUCCCGGACACCAGUGUCUCAAUGGGGGGACGUGUGUCGAUGGGGUGAACACUUACAAUUGCCAGUGCCCCCCCGAGUGGACAGGCCAGUUCUGUACGGAGGACGUGGAUGAGUGUCAGCUGCAGCCCAACGCCUGCCAGAAUGGGGGAACCUGCUUCAACACGCUUGGUGGCCAUAGCUGCGUGUGUGUGAAUGGCUGGACGGGCGAGAGCUGCGGCCAGAACAUUGAUGACUGCGCCACCGCUGUGUGCUUCCACGGGGCCACCUGCCACGACCGCGUGGCCUCCUUCUACUGCGCGUGUCCCAUGGGCAAGACUGGGCUCCUGUGUCAUCUGGACGAUGCCUGUGUCAGCAACCCUUGCCACGAGGAUGCUAUCUGUGACACAAACCCUGUGAAUGGCCGGGCCAUCUGCACCUGUCCCCCUGGGUUCACUGGUGGGGCAUGUGACCAGGAUGUGGACGAAUGCUCCAUUGGUGCCAAUCCUUGCGAACACCUGGGCCGGUGCAUGAAUACACAGGGAUCCUUUCUGUGCCAAUGUGGUCGUGGCUACACUGGCCCGCGCUGUGAGACUGAUGUCAACGAGUGUCUCUCCGGGCCCUGCCGCAACCAGGCGACGUGCCUGGACCGCAUCGGCCAGUUCACCUGCAUCUGCUUGGCAGGUUUCACAGGCAUCUACUGCGAAGUGGACACGGACGAGUGCCAGAGCAGUCCAUGUGUCAACGGCGGGGUCUGCAAGGACAGAGUCAACGGCUUCAGCUGCAGCUGCCCUUCGGGCUUCAGCGGGGCCAUGUGCCAAUUGGAUGUGGAUGAGUGUGCCAGCACUCCCUGCAGGAACGGUGCCAAGUGCGUGGACCAGCCCGAUGGCUACGAGUGCCGGUGUGCUGAGGGGUUCGAGGGCGUCCUGUGUGAGCUGAACGUGGACGACUGCUCCCCAGACCCAUGCCACCACGGGCGCUGCGUGGACGGCAUUGCCAGCUUCUCGUGUGCCUGUGUCUCAGGCUACACUGGCAUGCGCUGUGAGAGCCAGGUGGAUGAGUGCCGCAGCCAGCCCUGCCUCCAUGGAGGCAAGUGCCUGGACCUGGUGGACAAGUACCUGUGCCGCUGUCCCCUGGGCACCUCAGGGGUCAACUGUGAGGUGGACCUGGAUGAUUGCGCCAGUAAUCCCUGUGCCUUUGGAGUCUGCCACGACGGCGUCAGCCGCUAUGACUGUGUCUGUGAGCCUGGCUUCACAGGACCCCUCUGUGAUGUGGAGAUCAACGAGUGUGCGUCCAGCCCGUGUGGGGAGGGCGGCUCCUGUGUGGAUGAGGAGAACGGCUUCCAUUGCCUCUGUCCCCCCGGCUUCCUGCCGCCCCUGUGCCUGCCCCUGAGCCACAGCUGUGCUCAGGAGCCCUGCGGCCAUGGGAUCUGCCAUGAUGCCCCAGGAGGGUUCCGCUGUGUGUGUGAGCCUGGCUGGACGGGCCCCCUCUGCAGUCAGACCCUCCCUGGAGACGCCUGUGCGCUCCGGCCCUGCCAGGCGGGCACCUGCACCGCUGAGGGCAUGGACUUUCGCUGCGCCUGUCCCCCUGGGCUCCAGGGCACUCGGUGCCAGCAGGAUGUGGACGAGUGCGCCGGGCCCUCUCCCUGCGGCCCCCACGGCACCUGCACCAACCUGCCAGGGAGUUUCCGUUGCACCUGCCACAGCGGCUUCACUGGCCCUUCCUGUGACCAGGACAUCGAUGACUGUGACCCCAACCCCUGCCUAAAUGGGGGUGCCUGCCUGGAUGCCGUGGGCUCCUUCUCCUGCUUCUGCGCCCUGGGCUUCGCUGGGCCCCACUGUUCCCAGGACAUAGACGAGUGUCUGAGCAGCCCCUGCGGCCCUGGCACCUGCACGGACCACGUGGCCUCCUUCACCUGUGCCUGCCCCCCUGGCUAUGGGGGCUUCCGCUGUGAACAGGACCUGCCUGACUGUAGCCCCAGCUCCUGCUUCAACGGUGGCACGUGUGUGGACCAUGUGAACUCCUUCAGCUGCCUGUGCGCCCCCGGCUAUAUGGGGCUGCACUGCCAGCACGAGGCCGACCCUUGCCUCUCCCGGCCCUGCCUUCAUGGGGCUGUCUGCACCGCUGUGCACUCCGGCUUCCAUUGCACCUGCCCUGAGGGAUUCGAAGGGGCCCAGUGCCAGACACCCACAGACCGGUGCAGCCACAUGCCCUGUCGGAAUGGGGGUCGCUGUGUCCGCUCUGGGGCCUCCUCCGCCUGCCUCUGCCCCCCGGGAUGGAGCGGCAGCCUGUGUGACAUCCGCAGUCUGCCCUGCAGGGAGGCUGCAGCACAGAGUGGGCUGCCGCUGGAGCAGCUGUGCCAGGCUGGAGGGCAAUGUGUGGACAAGGGCAAAACCCACUACUGCAUGUGUGCGGCGGGCCGCACAGGCAGUCACUGUGAACAGGAGCUGGACCCCUGUGCAGGCCAACCCUGCCAACACGGGGGCACCUGCCAUGGUUCUGUGGGGGGCUACAAGUGCGAGUGUCCAGAAGGCUACACGGGUGACCGCUGUGGGGUGGACAUUGACGACUGUACCUCGCAGCCCUGCCGGCAUGGGGGUGUCUGUGUCGACCUAGUGUCCGGCUAUCUCUGCUCCUGCCCCCCUGGGACCCAGGGUGUUCUGUGCGAGAUCAACGAGGAUGACUGUGGCCUGGGGCCACCUCUGGACCCAGGGCCCCGGUGUCUGCACAAUGGCACCUGCGUGGACCUGGUGGGUGGCUUCCGCUGCGCCUGCCCCCCAGGGUACACGGGCCUGCGCUGUGAAGCCGACAUUAACGAGUGUCGGUCUGGUGGGUGCCACGCGGCCCACACGUGGGACUGCCUGCAGGGCCCCAGAGGGGGCUUCCGCUGCCUCUGCCGAGCCGGCUUCACUGGUCCCCGCUGCCAGACGGCACUGUCCCCUUGCGUGUCCCAGCCCUGUCAGCACGGAGGCCAGUGCAGGCCCAGCCCUGGCCCCGCAGGGACCCUUCAUUUCAGCUGCCUCUGUGUGCCACCCUUCUGGGGUGCGCUCUGCGAGCGAGUGGCUCGCUCUUGCCUGGAGCUGCGGUGCCCCGUGGGCGCCCUGUGCCAGCAGACGGUUCGCGGGCCGCGCUGCGUCUGUCCCCCCGGGAUGUCGGGGCCCGCCUGCCAGGGCUCCCGGGGGUCUCCACCACUGGGCCCCACUAAUGCCAGCUGCGCGGCUUCUCCCUGCCUGCACGGGGGCUCCUGCCUCCCCGCAGCCCGUGAGCCCUUCUUCCGCUGCGCCUGCGCACCGGACUGGGCAGGGCUGCGCUGCGAGGUGCCCACGGCCGUGCCUGAGGCCCCAGACACGCCGCCGUGCCCGAGCGCUGCCUGCCAAGCCCUCCGCGGAGACAAGCGCUGCGACCGCGAGUGCAACAGCCCGGGCUGCGGCUGGGACGGCGGCGACUGCUCACUGACCGUGGGCGACCCCUGGCGCCAGUGCGCUGCGCUGCAGUGCUGGCGCCUCUUCAACAACAGCCGCUGCGACCCGGCCUGCAGCUCUCCCUCCUGCCUGUACGACAACUUCGACUGCCGGCCUGGCCGUGAGCGCGCCUGCAACCCCGUGUACGAGAAGUACUGCGCUGACCACUUCGCUGACGGUCGCUGCGACCAGGGCUGCAACACGGAGGAGUGUGGCUGGGACGGCCUGGACUGUGCGGGUGAGGUGCCAGCACUGCUGGCCCGCGGAGUACUGGUGCUGACGGUGCUGGUGCCGCCCGAAGAGCUGCUGCGUUCCAGCACUGACUUCCUGCAGCGGCUCAGUGGCAUCCUGCGCACCUCCUUGCGCUUCCGCUUGGACGAGCACGGCCAGGCCAUGGUCUUCCCCUACCACCGCCCAGAGCCUGGCCCUGAGCCCCGGAACCGGCGAGAGCUGGCCCCAGAGGUCAUCGGCUCUGUGGUCAUGCUGGAGAUCGACAACCGGCUGUGCCUGCUGACCCCCGACAGCGACCACUGCUUCCCUGACGCGCAGAGCGCAGCCGACUUCCUGGGCGCGCUCUCGGCUGUGGAGCGCCUGGACUUCCCGUACCCGCUUCGGGCAGCGAGGGGAGAGCCGCUGGAGCCACCUGAGCCCAGCUUCCCGCUGCUGCCGCUCCUGGCGGCCAGCGCCGUGUUCCUGCUGGUGGUCCUGGCGCUGGGCGUGGUGGUAGCCCGGCGGAAGCGUGAGCACAGCACUCUGUGGUUCCCCGAGGGCUUCGCGCUGCACCGCGACGCAGCCACUGUGCACAAGGGCCGGCGGGAGCCGGUGGGCCAGGACGCGCUGGGCAUGAGGAACAUGGCCAAAGGGGAGAGUCUGAUGGAGGACAUGACUGCAGACUGGAUGGACACAGAGUGCCCCGAGGCCAAGAGGCUGAAGGUGGAAGAGCCCAGUUUGGGGGCCGAGGACACGGUGGACUGCCGCCAGUGGACACAGCACCACCUGGCAGCCGCUGACAUCCGCAUGGCGCCGGCUCUGGCAUCGACACCACCUCAGGGUGACACGGAGGCCGAUGGCAUGGAUGUCAACGUGCGAGGGCCAGAUGGCUUCACCCCGCUCAUGCUAGCGUCCUUCUGCGGGGGAGCCUUGGAUCCUGUGCCCACUGAGGAGGAUGAAGCCGAGGACACACCCGCCAGCAUCAUCUCAGACCUGAUAUGCCAGGGGGCACAGCUGGGUGCCAGGACCGACCGCACGGGCGAGACGGCACUGCACUUGGCGGCCCGCUACGCCCGCGCUGAUGCAGCCAAGCGUCUGCUGGACGCUGGGGCGGACACCAACGCCCAGGACCACUCGGGCCGCACGCCCCUGCACACGGCUGUUACUGCUGACGCCCAGGGCGUCUUCCAGAUCCUCAUCCGGAACCGUUCCACCGACCUUGACGCCCGCAUGGCAGAUGGUUCCACGGCCCUCAUCUUGGCUGCCCGCCUGGCAGUGGAGGGCAUGGUGGAGGAGCUCAUUGCCAGCCACGCUGAUGUCAAUGCAGUAGAUGAGCUUGGGAAGUCAGCCCUACACUGGGCCGCGGCCGUCAACAACGUGGAGGCGACUUUGGUGCUGCUCAGACACGGGGCCAACAAGGACAUGCAGGACAGCAAGGAGGAGACCCCGCUGUUCCUGGCCGCCCGCGAGGGCAGCUUCGAGGCCGCCAAGUUGCUCCUGGAACACUUUGCCAACCGGGAGAUCACCGACCACCUGGACCGGCUGCCCCGGGACGUGGCCCAGGAACGGCUGCACCAGGACAUCGUGGGCCUGCUGGACCAGCCCAGCGGGCCGCGCAGCCCCCCAGGUGCCCACGGCCUGGGGCCCCUACUCUGCCCGCCUGCGGCCUUCAUCCCGGGCCUGAAGGCCACGCAGGCAGGAGGCAAGAAGAGCCGCCGGCCGCCAGGGAAGGCAGGGCUGGGGCCACAGGGGACCCGGGGCCGGGGGAAGAAGCUGACGCUGGCCUGCCCAGGCCCCCUGGCCGACAGCUCCGUCACGCUCUCGCCUGUGGACUCUCUGGACUCCCCGCGGCCCUUUGGGGGGGCCCCUGCCUCCCCCAGUGGCUUCUCCCUGGAAGGGCCGUAUGCGACCGCGGCCACAGCAGUCUCCCUGACUCAGCUCGGGGGCGUGGGGCGGGCGGCGCUGGGGCGCCAGCCUCCCGGGGGCUGUGUGCUCAGCCUGGGGCUGCUGAACCCAGUGGCAGUGCCCCUCAAUUGGGCCCGGCUGCCCACCCCCGCCCCCCCAGGCCCCUCCUUCUUGCUGCCACUGGCGUCAGGGCCCCAGCUGCUGAACGCGGGGACCCCCGUGUCCCCCCAGGAGCGGCCCCCGCCAUACCUGGUGGCCGCAGGACACGGGGAGGAGUACCCGGCAGCUGUGGCUUGUGGCAGCCCCCCCAAGGCGCGCUUUCUGCGGGUCCCCAGCGAGCACCCCUACCUGACCCCAUCCCCCGAGUCCCCGGAGCACUGGGCCAGCCCGUCGCCUCCUUCCCUCUCGGACUGGUCCGAGUCCACGCCCAGCCCGGCCACAGGGGCCACAGCCUCUGGGGCUCUGCCUGCUCGGCCGCUCUCCCUGGCGGCCCCGGGGCCACUAUCUCAGGCCCAGACCCAGCUGGGGCCCCAGGCCGAGACCACCCCGAAGAGGCAGGUGCUGGCCUGAGUCCCUCCUCUGUCCCUGGAUGGGGGGGGUAAAGGGGCCCUGUCCUGCCCAGCUGCCUCCCCUUCCCCCGUGCAGGGCGCCUGCAGUCCCCUCUAUUUAUACAUAAAGGGUGCGCUUACCCUGCUCUCUCCUCCCGGCCCCCUCCCCGGUCCCUGCCCGGCCCCUCUUCUGGCCUCUUCUUGGCUGCCCUCUUCCCUCACGGACAGACACGAGUGGAUCAUUACUAUUUUUUACAUUUUUUAUAGAAACAUUCAUUUAAGCAAACGUAUUACUAUUUUUUACAAAAAUAUAUGUAUGGAGACAUUCCCUUCUGUGCCCCAUGCCCCCAUGGGGCUGAGUCUGUGGGCCCACUCGGCCAAGCUGGAUCCCCGUACCAGGAACACAGCCUGGGCUCGCCCCCUGGGCCAUGGCUUGGGCCAUCAGGGAGCCCCUACCUGUCACUUCACUGCAUUCCACUUGGAGCUCGUCCUAGAGCUUUGCUGGGAGUUUCUGACCUAGAAGUGUUCCCCGCAUCCUCCACGCACCUGGGAGCCUGGGAAAUGGGGGUGUUGGUGGAGUACGGAAGAGCUGGUGGCUGCAUGUGGGCACCUUGCCCAGGAUUUGCUGGGUCAGCCCCACGGCACAAGCAUUUGUUGGCUGCUCUUAUAAUAUGCCUUCAGUCCCAAGCCUCACGCAGUCACAUUUCCAGACUUGCUGGUACGGCCCCCUCCCCAGCACUAGCUAAUAAAGGAAGAGUUAACACUCUGUGCACCCUUCUCUGCGUGGAGUGGUUGGUGGCUUCCUGGGGCUGACAGCUCCCACUCUUGGCUUCUCCACCCCUUGGUCCACUGGUGCUUCCUCGGCUGGCAGGUGGCAGCAAUGACUGGAUCAGAGGGUGGUGACUUGGUUUAGGAUGAACCACUCAGGUCCCCCUCCUGAAAACUGUCGUUAGGUGGAGAGGUUAGGAUGGGCUUCUGGUGGAGCUGCCUUUUUAAAAUUAUUAUUAUUCCUUAAAUAAGAAUUUUAUUAUCAACUCAAAA